CUUUUUACCAUAACAGCGCGAGUCUCUGAGACGACACUUUUCACUGACGGUGUUGAAAUCAUAAUUGCACAUCAGUUUAGGAUUACUAGAAAUUUGAUAAUAUCAAAAAUAAAAGAAAAUAGAGGAUAGUAUAAUUGUUUGACCUCUAGGAUUUGAACGCCAACAUUUCUAACAAGAGUGACUGAAAUGAUAUAAAGUGUGAAUACUUUUUAAAAUAGACAGUUAAACCAAGUGAAAUAAUAAAAAUGUCUGUGGACCAGCCAGAAGCUGUUGUUGAGAAUUUAAGGCAAGAACGUUUAAAUGUGCAGAAGAAAACAUUCACAAAGUGGGCCAAUGUUCAUCUACAGAAGCAUUCUCUGUUCAUUGAUGAUUUGUUUGUUGAUUUGGGAGAUGGGGUAAAGUUGAUGAGACUACUUGAAUCUCUGACUGGUGAGAAGCUUGGAAAACCGGCUAAGGGAUCAGCCAGAAUUAAUAAAAUUGAAAACGUUAGCAGAUGCCUAGCCUUCCUUCAUAGUAAAAAGAUGCGAUUGGAAAAUAUUUCAUCUGAAGAUAUUGUGGAUGGGAAGCCUCAUUUAAUUCUUGGUCUAUUGUGGACGAUCAUUUUGAGGUGCGAAAUUUGGCAGCAUCAACAGAAUGUAAAUAACUUGGAGGAACAGAGACCGUUCAUUCCUCAGCCUCAAGAUCAAACUCAUUAUCCUGUUCAGAAAAUAGCUAAAGAUUCUUUACUCUUAUGGUGCCAAACUAAAACAGAUGGAUAUCCCAAUGUACGAGUGCGAGACUUCCAUAGAAGUUGGCGAGAUGGACUAGCCUUCAAUGCCCUCAUUCAUUCUCAUGUGCCAACUCUGAUUGAUUACAACUCACUUAAACCACAAGAGCGCCGAUACAAUCUCGAAAAUGCAUUUACCACGGCUUCAAAACAUAUUGGCGUACCAAAACUGUUGGAUCCAGAAGAUGUGGACACCGAUAAUCCAGAUGAAAAAUCCAUCAUCAUUUAUGUUUCGACUUUAUCAAAGGGACUUGCUAAUGUAAAGAAAGGAAUGACAGGAGGGAAAAGAAUUACUAACGUUUUGCUGAAAAUGAUGGAAAUAGACGACAUGAAGGAACAAUACAAUAAAGAAGCUACUGAGCUUCUUGAAUGGAUUAAUUCGAAGGUGGACGAAUUCAAAUACAUGGAACCUUUGACAUCACUAGAAGAUAUCCAGCAAGAAAUUCAGAACUUUAAAGAUUAUCGAACGGAAGAAAAACCCAUUAGAAAUGAUCAGAAAAAUGAAAUCGAAGCUCUGCUGUUCGCGAUUCAGAUGAAGCGCAUGGGAAAACAGGGAUGGAUUCCACCUGACGAAACCUCUCCAGCUGAGAUCGAGAGAGCUUGGAAUAACUUAGAAAGAGCUGAGCAUGAACAUGAAACUAAAGUUAGAAAUCAAUUGAUAGAACAGGAAAGGCUAGAAAAUCUUGCUUAUAAAUUCGAAUCAAAGAAAGCAGUUAGAGAAAAUUACCUGAAAGAAAUGUUGAAGAUUUUGACAGAUCCUACCUAUGGCACAAACAUCAAACAAGUAGACGCGACAUUCAAAAAACAUGAAGCUAUUCGAACUGGAAUAGUUGCCAGGGAAGCAUUCAUAAAGGAUCUUUUCAAAGUAGCUGACACAUUAAUCGAUUCAAAUUAUAGGAAGAAAGAUGAGAUUAUAGAAUGGAAAAAAGAGAUGGAACAAAAGUGGGAUUAUAUACUUCGUCUUCUAGAAGCUUAUGAUGACAAAUUUUCUCAAUUACGACAAGUAAUAAACAUGCUAGAAGAAAUGGAUUCCAUUCUGGAAGAAAUGAAUCAAAUGCAGGUUGAAUUGGAUGCUGAAAGUGAAAUUCUGGAUGUUGAAGCUGGUCUUCAAAAUCAAGCGGUAAAAGAAGUUCAAAUCGCUUCUUGGGGAGAAGCAAUAAGACGUUUGGAAGUUAAAAUCGAGAGCCAUGGAAAAACUAAAGACGUGACGGUGUUGCAAAAUCAGCUCAUUAAACUGCGACAAACGCAUCAAAGCUUGCUAGAUGCAUCUGCAAGUCGUCGAGAAUCUCUAGAAGAGCUUUUAAAAAGAAACCAACAGCUUGAACAUAUAGAAGAAAUGAUGGCAUGGAUUCAUGAAAAGAAACUUUAUUGUGAUUCCGAUAUUAACUGUAAAGAUUUACAAGGGGCUCUAAAUCUUCAAAAGAAACACAAGUCUCUAGGGUCUGACUUGAAAUUAAAAAAGGAACUUUCCGAAGAAAUAAAGGAUCCAAGACUAACGAAAGCAUUAGAUGCUCUUGAAGAAUCCUAUAAAACAAAAGGAGAAAAAAUUGCAUUCGCUAUUCAAGCAUACCAGUAUUUAGCUGAUGCGGAUGAAGGUGAUUCGUGGAUUUCAGAAAAACUUCACAUAUUGUCUAGUCUGGAUUGUGGAUUCGAUGAACUAACAUGCAAAGCUUUAUUACGACGACACGCCAACAUACAAAGAGAAAUUUCUACAAACGUCUCGGAAAUACAACGCCUGCGCCAGGAAGCCAACAAAAUUUGUAAUGUUUCUUAUGAAAAGCCGCCCUAUUUUGACAAGAGUACAGCACUGGCAUCUCCAAUGAAAACAUCGCAACCGCAUUUCAACAUUUUGGAAGAGGAUUCAAGGAGUCAAACACUUACCAAAGCGCAAAUCUAUGAUCGUCAGGCUCAGAUUGAAAGCUCCUUUUCUGAACUUCAGAGAAAAUGUGAAGAAAGACGACAACGGCUGCAGCAUAAUUGCAUGUUUUUCCGUUUCAAAAAUGGUUGUGAAGAAAUGGAAAAAUGGAUGCGAAUGAAGGAACGCAUCAUAAACACAAAUGACUUCGGUAAAGAUGCCGAUGAAGUUGAGAAAUGCUUUGAGGGAUUCAUAACAGACUUGGCUUCUCACGGUUUAGUCAUCGAACAACUUAAAACGCUAUGCGAAACGCUCGAAGAUGAAAACUCUGAACACGCACAGACUGCAAGAAUUCUAUUCGAUGAUGUAUAUCGAAGAUGGCAGCACUUGCAUGAUAUUACAAGCUUCAAAGAAAAGAAUUUGAAAGGUUUCACGAGUUUGUUAGUUUCACACCGAAUCUGUGACGAUACCAUCAAUUGGUUAAAAGAAAAAUGCGAGAAAGAAAACUAUGAAGUUGUUGAUGAAAUCGAUAGCAUUGAUACUUUGCGUCGUAAACAAGAAGCAAUUGAUAGAGAGUUGAUACCAGCUGAAGAGCGAGUGAAACAGGCUCAUGUUCUGGCUGAGAACGUUAUAAGCUCAUAUCCAGAUCAAAGUGAAAAAAUGAUAAAUCGAAUUCGUGCUCUAGAUCAACAAUGGGAAAAUUUUCAAGAACGAAUCAGUGAAAGGAAAUUGGAAUUAGAAGAGUCAGCUGGUUUGAAAAUGUUUGAGACGAGUGUUAACUCCUUGGUGGAAUGGACUAAUAUGAUGGUGAGGAAACUGAAUGUUAGAGAAAAGAUUAGUGACAUGGGAGUAGCAGAAAGUGUUGUGAAAGAGCAUAAAGAGCUUGGUGACGAAAUUUCAUCACAAGAUGAGAGAUUUGAAGAAAUUGAACAGCUUGGGGCAAAUGUUGUGAGGAAGCAUAAAGAUGUUGGAUCCCUUCUCAGAGAGCUGCAAGAGGCUAGAGAAACAGUAUGUAACUUGUGGCGGGAAAAACAAGAUUGGUUGCAGCAAAGUCUUGAUCUUCUGCAGUUCAAUCGUGAAGCAGAUCAAUUGAACAGUUUAUGCACCAGCCAAGAUACUCUUCUGGAAUCUGCAGAUUUGGGAGACACAUUAAGUGAUGUUGAAAUCCUCUUACGACACCAUGAUGCCUUCACAGAAACUCUCAAAGCUCAAGAAAAUCGAUUUAAAACAUUUCAACAGACAGCAGAAGCAUUAAUUUCUUCUGGACAUAGCGAAAGUGAAUACAUUCAGGUGAAAUGUCAGCAAGUACUUGAACAUCGUGAAAAUACCAAAAAGAAAGCUGAAAUGCAUAAACAGCGUCUUCUGGAUGAAUACGAAUUCCAAGAAUUCCGAGCAGAUGCCCAAGAGAUGUCUGCAUGGAUCACUGAGAAAAACAAGUUGGCGACUGAUUUAUCACAUCAAGAUUCAACGUCUAAUUUACUUUACAAAAUGAAGAGGCAGAAAACUCUUGAGGCUGAAAUAUCGGCAAAUGAAGAAAGAUUGAGGGACACCUGUUCUAGGGGACAAGCUAUUUUGAAUAAAGAGUCUAACUCAAGAUAUGAUUCUGUAGAAACCAUUUUAGAAGAUCUCAGCAGGGCUUGGAACACUCUUUGUGAUGUUCUAGAAAGUAACCAACAGACUCUGAAACAUGCCAUAGAGCUCCGUGAUUUCUGCAGAUCUGUUGAAAAUGUACUGAAGAAGCUCGAUGAUAUUUCUCGAGCGGCUAAUUCCUCUAAUUUUGGACGAGAUUUAAGAAGCGUGAAAAGCUUGAUUAAAGAUUUAGAAGUAUUAGAAAUGGAAAAAGAAAUGGUCAAAUCCAAAGUCUUAAGCCUGAUUAACCAAGGUGAAGAUUUAAUGGAAAUGAAUCCAGGAGAAGUUACAGUCAGAAAGCUCAUUGAAGAAAUGCAUCAAAAAUCAGAGGCAGUAGAAUAUCCCGUUUCUGAAAGAAGAGCGAAGUUAGAAACAUGUCUCAGGUUUCACCAGUUUAAAUCCGACGUUGAUAGAGAACUAAUGUGGAUAUCUGAACAAAGAACAGCUUUAUCGACAACUACAACAUGCAGAAAUCUUUUAGAAGCUCAAAAGUUCCAAAAGAAGAUUGAAAAUUUAGAACUCUCCAUUGAAAGUCAUAAGAGUAUUAUCGAAAUUCUACAGAAGAGGGUGCUGACUUUAGUGACUGAAGAAGAAUGCCCUGUUGAUGUCACACAACCGUGUACAAAGAUGCAGGAGGAAUGGACGAAUCUUCUUCGAGAAUUUAAUAGCCAAAAAGAAAAAGCAUCCAAUGCAUUGAAAUCUCAGACAUUUUUCUCAGAAGCUACUGAAAUUGAUGCAUGGAUAACAGAAAAGAUGGAAAUUUUGAGUAACACUGACUACGGGAAAGAUGAAGAUGCAGUAAUAAAGCUCUUAACCAAACACAAAGCAUUAGAGUUGGAAAUUGAUUCCUACCAAGGAUUGGUGGAUGAACUCGCAAAUCAAGCUGAAGCUCUAAUUGAAUCAAAUCAUCCUGACUCAAAAAUUAUCAGUAAUAGAAUGGAAGUUGUAAAUCAAGAAAUGAAGAAUAUACAAAAAUUGUGCUCUGUAAAGCGACAAAAAUUGCUGGAAUCAAAGGAUAAACAUGAAUUUGAGAAGGAGACCGAAGAACUGAAAAUUUGGAUAAGUGAGCAAAUGGCUGAAGCUACAUCUGAAGACUUCGGAGAAGAUUAUGAACAUGUUCUUAUUUUGAAUCAAAAUUUUGAAUUUUUCCGAGCAAAAGUGGAGGCCGGAUCGAAACGAAUUUUGCAGUAUGAAGAUUUUGCAAAGAGACUAAUAAACAGUAACUGCUAUUUCGUCAAAGAUGUUCAAGCAGGUUUAGAAUUUUUAAGUGCUCGUUGGUCAGAACUCGUGGAAAGUAUCGAAGUUAGAGCUUUUAAGAUGGAAGCAGCAGCUGAAAUUCAUCGUUAUCAUCGAGAUGUUACAGAUUUAUUGUCACGUAUCCACAGCCAUUACAGAAUUAUUCCCCAAGACCUCGGAAAUAAUCUCAUUCAUGUCCAAGAUCUCAUUAAAAAACAUGACAAUAUUGAAAAUGAACUUUUAGGCUUGGAAGCUCAAGUUCAUCUGUUGCUACAAGAUAGCCAACGUCUUCAGGAAGCUUACCCUGGUGGAAAUGAAGAACAUAUUCAGAUGCAACUGGCACUAGUGAUUGAAAAUUGGAACCUUCUUCAGCAGAAAGUUUCCAGCCGCAAAGUUCAGCUUUUAACAGCUCAAAGGAUUCACAAAUUCAUAUCUACGGUCCGAGAAGAAGAGAUCUGGGCAAAGGAGAUCUGCCUGGAAUUGCAAUCCGAGCUAAUCGUACGGGAUGUUCAACAAGUUGAAAACGAUUUUAAGAUUUUAGGAGUGGACAUCGAAACUCAUCUGGGUCGUUUCGAAAAGUUAGCAGAAGAAGGAAACUCUUUAUUGGAAUUCGAUAUUUUCAAGUCACAGAUUGAGGAAAAAUUGAAAUCUUUGUCAAAUAUUGAAACUCGAGUGAGAGAGACAUGGGAGAGAAGAUCUAAAUCUGUACAACAAAAGAAAGACACUUUCCUAUUUUUCCAUGAAGCGAAGCAAAUCCAAAUUUCAUUGGCUCAGAGGGAGGUUCAAUUGUGUGGUAGCGAAAGAAAGGAAACUGUCGAAGACAUCGAAAAUGCAUUAAAGAAACACCAAGAAUUUAAAAAAAAUAUGGAUAUUCAAGAAGAAAAAUUUAUGAACUGGAAGCAACAAGGUGAAAACAUUUUGAAACAAGGAACAGAUGAGGCAGAGAAAAUUGUGAAAAAAAUACAAGACUUAUCUGAAAGGAAGAAACGUCUUGCAGAAUUCAGCUCAGAGAGAACAAGGGCUUUAACUGAAGCAUUACAACAAGCAAAAUUUAAAAGGGACACAAUUGAAGCUGAAGCAUGGAUACAAGACAAGAAAACUAAACUUCGCCACGUGCUGAAGGAUUAUCAUAAAUUAAGUGAUGAAGAGAAGAUAAAAUGUCUGCAGAAACAACUAGCAGUUCAAGCUGAGUUGGAUGCUCAUGAGCCUUUUAUAAAUAAUUUAGUACAGCAAAGUCACAAUUUUCCAGCAGAUUCAGAGAUGCAGACUAGAGUGCAACUUAUUUUGGAAGAUUGGGAAGAAGUAAAAAGCAAUGCAGCUCAAAUUGGAAACGAUCUAUCACAGGCUAGGGACAUGCUGCGUAUCCAUGAUCUGUUUGAAAAGACAGAAGUGUGGAUAAAAGAAAAGGAGUUGAUGAUUCAAGCAAAUGAAGUUGGAAAAGAUUAUGAACAUUGUAUGACACUCCAGAACAAACUAGAUGAUGUGUAUUCGGACAAGAAAAUCGGAACAGAAGGUUUUCUAAGAGAAAUGCAGGAGUUGGCUUAUAAAUUAUCUAGAAAUGAAGAUCAAAAAGGAGUUUACAUUCGUUACGAGAGGAUAUGGGAAAGAUGGAAUUUGUUGAAAGAAGAGAUACAGCUAUAUAGGAAAAAACUGAAAGAUGCAGCUCAAGUACACUCUUUCGUAAAGGAUGUUGACGACACCAUUGAGAGAAUUCGAGAAAAGAAUUUAGUUCUGUCUACAAGGGAAGAAGCUACCGAACUUAGUGUGGUCCAAGUAAUGCAAAGGAAGCUCGAAUCAGUGGAAAGAGAUUUAACAGCCUUGGAUGAUAAGAUUAAAGAACAAGAAAAGGAAGCUCUUAAGCUGGCUGCAAUACAUGAAUUAUCUGCUGGAAGAAUAAUGGACAAGAUGGAUCACGUUCAUCGAGAAAGAAAUGCUUUGGAGGAAGAGCUGAAAGCGAAGAAAGAAUACAUGGACACGGCUUACACCAGCUUAAAAUUCAUUAAGGAUGUAAACGACUUUGCUAAUAUAGUUCACGAAAUGGUGACAGAGAUAGAGUUUGGAGAAGUUCCUUCUAAUAGUACAGAUGCUCAAAGUCUUCUAAGAGCUCAUGAUGAUUUCAAACCCCAAAUAGAGUUACGACAAAAAGAAAUAAAAUCUCUGCAAGAAUCCGGUCAAAAAAUUAUUCGUCUUCGAGGUGUUCACACUAGAAGCAUAGAAGAAAGCCUGAAAACUUUGGAAGAUCUUCACAACGAUUUAGAAAUGGUUUGGGAGUACAGACUAAAAACCCUGUUACAAAGCAGAGAUCUUCAGCUUUUUGUCGAAAAGGCAAAGCAGGUCGAAAACUGGUUAUCAGCAAAAGAAGCAUUCCUUGCUAACCAAGACAUUGGUGACUCCAUGUCAAGUGUAGAGGCUCUGAUUCGCAAACACGAAAAUUUUGAAGAGAUUUGCUUCACGAACUUUGAAAAAAUACGAGAAGUUGAAAUGAUGGCACUGGAUCUCAAAGAUCACGAAGACUAUGAAGUGAUUCAGUCUAGAUGUGAGGAAAUUUGCCGCCGCCGAGAUGCUCUACAGGAAGCAAGUGAACGACGUAAAAACACUCUACAAGAUGCUAAGGCUCUGCAACAACUUCUGUUGGAGAUGUACGAGAUUUCGAAUUGGAUGAGUGAGAAAAUUCGAGUGGCCUCAGAUGAUUCGUAUAAGGACUUGACGAAUUUGCUAAGCAAAACGCAAAAGCAUGCUGCCUUUGAGGCUGAAAUUCUGGCAAAUCAUUCUCGGGUGGUUAGCUUCAAACAACAGGCUGAGAAACUUAUAGAAGAGAACCAUUUUGCCGCAGUCGAAAUUCAAGAACAUAUCGAAAACUUAGAAAACCUGUGGGAAGAUUUGAUGAAUGAAACAAAUUUUAAGAAAGACAGAUUGCGAGAAGCAUUUGACGCUUUACAAUUCAAGCAUAAGCUAGAGGAUAUCAACACUUGGUUAGAAGAAACUGAAGCACAAAUAGAAUCACAAGAAUACGAUUCUCAUGCAUCUGCACUACAAAUGGAAAUCAGCAAAGUUCAGGAACUACAAAAAGAGGCUGAAGAAUACGCAGAUAAUCUAAGACUCUUAAAUGAUAUUGCAGAAGAAUUUCAGCAGAAAAAUCACUUUUCUAAAGAAGAAAUUGCUUCUCAACUAAAAAAUACAAUGCAGAGAUAUCGGCUUGUAGAGGAUACUUUGCAACAACAAGAAUCUAAGUUGGAAGAAUCUCUUCUUGUGACCAGGAUAGACAAUGAUAUCAAUGAUGAAUUGUCGUGGAUCGAAGGAAAUAUAAAAAUAUGCGAAACUGACCAGCGUUAUGAUGAUGUGAUGUCUGUACAAGCUCUUCAAAAGAAGUUGCAGGCUUUAGAAACAGAAAUGGCCUCCCGUGAACCACUCAUUUCAUCAGUCAUAGAGCGUGGCUACAGAUCAAAUAAUGAAGCAACUGCAGUUAAAGUACAACAUCUCGAAGAACGUUUCCAGUAUUUGAAAGACGCUAUCAGUUUGAGACGUCUUAGAUUAGCUGAUGCUUUAGAAGCCCAAAAAUAUUACUUUGAAGCGACUCAGGCAGAAAUGUGGAUGAAAGAGAAACUUAACCAAGUCGUUGGUUGUGAACCAGAACGAGAUAUUUAUUCAGUUCAGGCUCUUCAGAAGAAACUUAGCGCUGUAGAAGCAGCCUCAGAUGGAUUCCGGCAAAGUAUAGAUAUGUUGGAGAAUCUCAGCUUGAAUUUGAUCGAAAGAGGCCAUUUUGAUGCUGAAAACAUUCAAAAGAAACAGGAUGAAGUAAAUGAUCUCUAUGAAGAACUCAGACAAAAUAUACUAAAGAAGACCGCCAUUUUACGAGAAAAAGAAGAUUAUUUUGUCUUUGAAAGGGACGUUAAAGGCUUGAUUUCGCAGUUAAAAGCUAUGCUAAAUGUUUCAAGUUCCAUGGACCACGGAAGGGACGUAGAGCAUGUAGAGGCUUUACUUCAAAAGUUAGAAGUAUUUGAUAAUCGCUUUCACAAUCAUGAAGCCACCUUGAUAUUACUUCAAGAUCGUGGAAAUACUUUGAUAGAAGAACGCCACACAGAAUCUGAAAACGUAGAUGAACUGCUAAAAGAACUUCAAGCAACAUGGGAAAAGCUUAAGGAAUCCGCUGAGUCAAGACACAAAGUUUUGGAACAAGAGAAAUCGGUUCAAGCUUUCUAUAAGAGUGUGGAUGAAACAGUCAGUUGGAUUCAUGAAAAAGACGUUGCCUUGUCUUCGGAAGAUUACGGCAAGGAUUUGGAAAGCAUAAAGACAUUACUGAGACAUCAUGAUACAAUUGAAGGAGAUCUCAAGGCCAUUGAAGAGCAAGUCCAAGCUCUGUGUGAAGAGGCAAGUAAUCUGGCUAUUCAAUUCCCCGAUUCCAAAGAAGAUAUAGAAGCAAAACAGCAGGCCGUCAUGAGUUCCUGGAAGAAAUGUACCGAAAAAGCAGCAAACAGGAAAGACAGAUUGCAGCAAGCUGAACAGUUGCAGUCUUAUUUUGAUGAGGCGAGAGAUUUCCAUGCAUGGAUUUAUGAGAUAUCGGCUUUGAUAACGAGUACUGAACUGCCUGAAGAUGUCGCAACUUGUGAAGAUUUAAUGGCUCAGCAUGAAGGUUAUAAAUCAGAAAUAGAAGCUCGUUUCAGAUCAUUCGAUCUUUUUGAAGCUCGGGGAAAGGAGAUCAUAGCAAGCGGGCAUUUCUUAUCUCAAGACAUUCAAACAAAAGUAGAUGGUCUACGUUCCUCAUUAAAUGAUCUGUUGGGUACUUGGGAUACAAGACGAAGUAUUUACGAGCAAACUAUGGAUCUUCUACUAUUCAAAAAGAAACUGAUAGAACUUGAAAUGUGGUUGAAUACUCAAGAACACAAUUUAGCAGAAGAGAAUGGACGCUCAGUGGAAGAAGUGGAGUAUCUUAUACAGAAGCACGAACAAUUUGAGAAGAAAAUAGAACUGUACGAGGCUAAAUUCAGAGAACUAGAAUCAUCUACUAAAUUAGAAGAAGAUGAUAGAAAAAGAAGAGAAGAGGAAGAGAAAAUGAGAUUAGAAAAUGAAAGGAAUUUAGAACAGCAAAAGUUAGAGGAAAUCAGACGCAGGGAAGAGGAGAGGCUAUUGGAGGAAAGAAGAAUGGAACGAAAACCAACUGAAGUUUCUCAGAUUGAAGAUUCGGAUGAUGAUUAUCGAGACACAACACCUUCUGGAUUCAAACGAAUAGGAAGUGUUAGAGCAUCUAUGAGAAGUAAUAGACUGUCAUACCACGAACCUGAUGCCAAGACCCCGAUUAAUAAACCUGUAACACCAGUCAUUACUGGGAAAAAACUUAAUGAGUACCAAAAACCUCCAUCAGUUCCACCAACAAGAGCUGAAGGGUUUCUUAACCGUAAACACGAGCUUGACAGUGGCGGAAAACGUGCAAGUUCAAGACAGUGGAAGACACUAUAUACAGUUCUUUGCGGCCAGUUGUUGUGUUUCUUUAAGGACAAGAAAGCUUUCCUUGAAAGUCACUCUGCUAAACCUCCAGUAAACAUACUGAAAGCCCGAUGCUAUAUUCCAAAGGAUUAUCACAAGAAAAAAUAUAUUUUCAGGUUGGAGUUGUCUGAUAACUCAGCAUUUCUGUUUGAAGCCCAAAAUGAUAUCAAAAGAGAUGAAUGGAUGCAAAAAAUCAAUUUUACAGCAAACCUGCCCCCCAGUAAACAACUCUUAUCACCAAAUGAGGAAUCGGAAUAUGCAACACCUAAAAAAGAAAAAUAUCAAGCAGUAAUUGCCGAAGAAGAAACAUAUUCAACUAUAGGUGAUAAAUCUUUCGAAUCAUCGAGUGAAAAUUACAAAUUUCCUGAACCAAGCAAUGGCCAUCAUGACAGAACUUCUUCUCACACAUAUGAAAAUUACAAAUUUCCUGAAGUUAUGGAUGAACACCAAGACAAGACACCUACCAAUCAAAGUGUCUUUAAAACUACCUCUGUCACUGAAGGAAACGAUCCUUUUCAUUCCCGAACAAUGGAAGACAUUUAUGGUGAACCUUCUAUAUAUGAUGAUCCGUUUGAAGAUAAUGGACGAUCAUUUUCAAUCACAUCGUUUGAUGAAAAUCCGAAAUCAAACAGAUCAUCUCUUUCAAAUCAAUCCAGCUACGUCACAGCUGCUGCAUCUCAAUCAAGCAUCUCGACGUUACAAGAUGAUCGGAUGGGCGAAGUUGAAUCAUCCGAUGAAGACUAUGCAUAUGCCAGUACAACGCCUCGUGGAAGUUACGUGAUGCCAAACCCAACUCCACGCACAAGUUAUGCAGAAGAGUCUACUACACCCCGAGGUAGUUUCUCAGAAUUUGAAGGCAAAAAUCAUGAUAAGGUAAAGAAACAUCAGAGUUUAACAUUACCACAUUUGAAUACAGAGGAGUUAUUCAAAAAAGUAACAAAGAAAGAGCCUAAGAAGAAAAGGAGAUUUUUCAGCUUAAGAAGAAACUAAAGCUCCUACAGACUCGAACUUAUUUAUUAUUAUCCCACUUCAAGAGUUAUUUUCUUGUUGUAUAACAGAACAAAUCUAUUAUUAGUUAUGUAUAUUUGUAAUAACACACUGGCAGAUAUUGGAUUUUGCCUAAUUGCUUUUUAUUUCGAUUGUAUUUUGCUCAAUGCAAAAGAUAUUGUUAAUAAAUAUAUUUUUGUAUUACAUAAUGUCACGAAAUGUGUUGUAUAGUGUUUUAGAAAAUAAUCUUAAUAAAUAAAUUAAGAUUGCCUUUUAGAAAUUUAUGAUCAAUAAAAUUAUACUUCAACUAUUUUAU